GAACUGGGUGGGGUGUGCAGUGGGAAGGGUAUUUAAGUAGGCCAGGAGAAGCAAAGAGCAGGAGCCAGGAACCACAAAGAGCAGAGGAGAGCGCAAUUUCUCCUCUCAGCUUUCACCAGGACCCUGGAAAUCUGGAAAAGAGAGAAAAGCAAGUUUGUUAAAAAGAAGAUGGCGUCUUCCAGAACACAGGAAACAAGUGAAAUCAAACCACCUCAGAAAUAUCUCAAAGAAAGUAUCCUUGUAAAAAGGGGUGAACCUUCUGUUUAUGCAUUAAAACUGAAAAAGGCGUCUGAAACGUCUCCAAAGUACCAUCUAGGCAAAGAGAACUUGCAGAUCGCCAACAAAGUGAUCAUGAUGAUGGGAGCAUCUGGAUCAGGGAAAACCACUCUCAUCAAUGGGAUGAUCAACUACAUCCUGGGCGUGCAAUGGGGAGAUGAAUUCCGGUUCAAACUUAUCGAUGAAGUGACCGGAAGAAACCAAGCAGAAAGCCAGACAUCCGAAGUGAGGGCUUAUGUGGUGAACUAUCAAGAGGGUCUCAAGAUCCCUUGCUCCCUCACUUUUGUUGACACUCCAGGAUUCGGAGACACGAGAGGAAUAGAACAGGACAAAAAGUUAGUGGAGAAGAUCCGGGAGUUUUUCUCCAUCCCAGGAGGCAUUGACCACAUCGAUUGCGUCUGCUUUGUGGUCAAGGCUUCCACAAACCGCUUAACAGCAGCCGAGAAAUACGUCUUUGAUUCCGUGCUCUCCAUCUUUGGGAAAGAUAUAAAGGAGAACAUCCAGUUCCUGAUCACCUUUGCAGAUUCACAGACUCCCCUGGUCCUUGAGGCCAUUAAGACGGCCAACGUUCCAUGCACGAAAGAUGGCAAGGGGAACCCCGUGCAUUUCAAAUUCAACAAUUCCGCCCUGUUUGCCAACAAUGUCGUGGGGGACGGGGAGAGCCCUAACUUUGACGAAAUGUUUUGGGAAAUGGGUAUGAUCAGCAUGAAGACCUACUUUGACUCGCUAAGAAAACUGAACGCGAGGAGUUUGUCUUUGACGAAGGAAGUUCUCAGGGAGCGGAAAGAGUUGGAGACGGUUGUGCAGGGCCUGCUGCCCCAGAUCAAAACCGGGCUGGUCAAACUGGAAGAACUGAAGGAAACGGAACAAGUCCUUGACCAGCACAAAGCUGACAUGGCGGCCAACAGAGAUUUUGAGUAUGAGUUCCCAGUCACCGUCAAAGUGAAGCAAGAUCUCUCUGGAGCUCAUCAAUAUGCAACCAACUGCAAGAACUGCGAGUUCACCUGCCACUAUCCUUGCUGGGGUACCUGGGACCUGCUGAACCGCUUUUGCUCCGCUAUCAGUUUCUUCUCAGGAAAAUGCAACGUUUGUCCUGGCAAGUGCUCAGCCAGUGACCACUGCAACCAGGAUUACCAAUUUAAGGAUGAAAUAAGGAAAGAGAAGAAGACAUAUGCGGAACUGAAGAAAAAGUACGAGUACGCCUGCCAUGGGGUUAUGACAGCGGAGGAGCUGAUUUGGCACCUCAGCCAGGAGUACAUCGAGGUGAGAGAAAAUUUGUUUGAAAACAUUGAGAGAGCGUCUCAAAGCCUGCGGCGCCUGCAGGAAAUUGCCCUGAAGCCCAACCCGCUCUCCACUCCAGAAUACAUCGACAUGCUCAUUGCAUCCGAAGAGGAGGAAUGCAAGCUUGGAUAUCAGAAAAGGAUCCAGUUGCUCAAGGAUGUGAAGAAAGAAGCAGAGAUCAUACAGAAGAUUGCAAAUAAGGAGGCUCUGCUGCCAGAGGAGGAGGAGAUGAUGAGCGAACGGGGGGACAAAAGCAAAUUCCGCUUGAUAGCCAGAUAUUGGAAGAGAAGGGCGAUGAAUAUUCUCCCUAAAUAAAGGGGCAACACAACAGCUCCUGUUCAGCCUUAGAUCUCUGUAUAAGCGGGGGGCCCAUAUCCUUUUCGCUAAGUGCAGGGACUCUGAGGCUGGAUCUACACUGACCUGUUCAAAGUUAUUAGAACGAUAUCAGAUAUAUUGUUCUAAAACGUCACAGGGCAGACUUGGAAAAAUAAAGUGUUUCUUACCUCCAUCAAAGCGCUGUCUCCCUACUGCUACUCUUCCUCUCUGUAGGCAGAGAAGAGAUGUAGAAUCUCCUCCUUCCCCCUCCAGAUUGCAUUUAAUUAGGGGUUAAACCACCCCCUACUUAAACAUUAGCUGUGCCCCUGAACUGAUCUGGGUGCUUGACCCCUGGCCUGACUGAUCCAGGGGAGAUCAGAGUGACUCUGCACAGCCCUAAUGGUUAAACAGCUCAUGCUUUCUUAAUAUUUAGGAUAAUUUACUAUAUACCUGGAAAAGCUUUUAACUAGUUGGAAUCAGUGGAAGUUGUUUUUUUGGGGGGGGAGGGAGGGACAAGUAAAAGUAGAAUUGCAUAAUAAUUAAACAAUAUUAGUUUUGCAUGUCGUGAUUAUGCUCUGCCCCCACAGCUGGAGGCAGCAGUUCUUCUGAAUAGCAUGUGCUGGAAGCUGCAGGAGGGGAGAGCACUGGUCUUGCGUUCGAGUCCUGCCAGGGGGCUAAACCUUCAGGAGAACAGGAUGCUGAACUAGAUGGGCCGUUCUCUCCCCCCCUCCCCCCC